AUAAUGGAUCAAUCUAUUUCUAUGAUAUCUGCUCAGGUGCAGUUCAUGGAGGACCGCUUGGCCCUGGUGCAUAUUCCUCUGGACUUAUAUUCGUUCUUCCUGAAGCCUAUUUUGCAGGUGCUUUUCCACGAGGUUAGUCCUCUGGAUGACGAUAGAGAGACUGUCGUGGACAUCAACGUGGACGAUGGACCUGCUCUCGAGGACGGCACAGUCACAGCUGCACCAGAGCAGCCUGCGUUCUUGAAUAUCUCGAUCACGCCAGUCGAGUGCUCUGUGAUGUGUCCGCGGAAGUUGGCUGAUCGGUACUUUGCCCCGCUGGUUGAGGGGUUUCGAGCUGUUUCGUCUGAAUCGGACAGUUUGUCUAUCACGAGGGACGAUUUUAUUGCCAUGCAGGUCUACGGCGAGGGCUUGGAGGCUGGUCAGCGGGUUCUUGAGUUGACGAGUCCGUUGGCUAUGGCGGGAAUUUCUAUCUUUUUCGUCUCGACUUACUUCUCUGACUACAUCAUCGUUCCCUACAAAUCCAAAAACCAAGUCAUCGAGGCUCUUGAGAACCGUGGCUUUCAAUUCGAAAUAUCCACCGAGACUUUCGCCAACAGUCACCACAGCCAGUUCAAUCGCUGCUUUAGUCCGGCAUCUUCGCGCUCUCCGAGCAGCAUGGGCUCUCCUCCAUCCACACCACCACCUUCAACACUGGACGAACUACAAACCCGCACCUUCUCCUCCCUCCACAAAAACCACAUCCUCCCCUCUGUCGAUCGCUCCCUGCGUCUCGUCCAAUGUGCCGCACACCGCCGCUACACAAGCGACGCCAGCUCUAUCUCCAUCCUCCGCGAAGCCCUCACCACAACCUUACUCGUGGAUAACCCACGCUUCCUCUCCCUGACCCUAACAGCCGCUGACCCUGCCGCCUCCCUCCUCCUUGAAAAGCGCCUCCUCCCACGCUUCUUCUCCUCCACUGCAGAUUCCACAUCCGAAUUAAACGACGACGAAUCAAGUCUCCUCCUAGGCUCGAAAGAAGAAAUCCUCGUGCCCAUCAUGCUCGAUCUCCGCAAGCUCCCCCUCGAAGCGACAGGUAUCGUCUGCGGCGUUGCCAGCCGUCUCGCAGAAGCAACCCACAGCAAUAACAACGACAGCAGAACCCUGGACCAGUCCACAAAUGCCUCGACUUCAACAACAAGCAUCGCAGCGCUCUCCUCCAAUUCCCGUUCUACGUUACACUCUUCAUCCUUCGACAGUUUCGUCAAGAACGUCUUCUCCUCAAGCGCCGGAAGUUCCAACGGCACUCCUGGCAGCGUUGGUAACGGUGGACCAGUCCGCUUAGCCUAUAUCCACGCGAAUACGUCUAUGCCUAUGCACCGGUUACAACCUGACUUUGAUAUCUCGCUCGAUACGGCUGUGGAGAUUAGUUUCUUGAGCACAGCGAGGGCUGGGACGAUCCUUGUUGGUGAGUACGAGUUGACUCGUGCUGUGGAUGCGUUGGAGGCCGAGAGUCGGGAG